GAGCGAUUCUUCGACGGGGGGGGGGGGUAGUCGGUCGUCAUUGGCCGGUGCUAGUGGGGUCCUUUUGUUCGGUUGUCCCCGGGCAGCUGCUGGUGCUGAUGGAUGUUUCCAGCUUGAAGAAGAGUCAGUGAGCCAGUGUUUGUGACAGAAUGGUGCUGAGAAAAAGACUAAAAUUGUGCCUUCGUAGUCGGAGAAGUUGACGCUGCCGGUGCCUCGUAGCUGAAUGAAAGUGAAAGCCAUUGAUUAGCAUCUCGUUAGCUUCAUGCUAAUGCUUCCGUUGGUUAGCCAGGCGCUUUAUUGUUUUAUUCUUCCUUUGUUGAGCAGGGCCUUGAUUUGCUGAUGUAAAGUAGUAGAAUUAUAUAUCGAUUUUUCACGUUUGCGUCCCGUGGGGGAAAAAGCACUGAAAUGAAGAGAAUAAGCAACUUCCAGAGGUUCAUGAACAGACGGGCCUCUGCUAACGGCCGCUACCAGCCCACCUGCUACGAGCACGCCGCAAACUGCUACACCCAUGCGUUCCUCAUCGCGCCGGCCUUCGUGGGCGUGGCGCUGCUGCACCGCCUGUCGGACAGCGGCUGGGAGAAGAUCACGGCCUGGGUGUACGGCCUGGGCCUGUGCGCCCUCUUCCUGGUCUCCACCGUGUUCCACAUCAUCACCUGGAAGAGGAGCCACAUGAGGUCCAUGGAGCAGUGUUUCCACAUGUGCGACAGGGUGGUCAUCUAUUUCUUCAUCGCCGCCUCCUACACACCCUGGUUGAACCUGCGUGAGCUCGGCCCGCUCGCCGCUCACAUGCGCUGGUUUGUGUGGCUCAUGGCUGCUGCUGGAACCAUCUACGUCUUCAACUAUCAUGAAAAGUAUAAACUUGUGGAGCUGGCCUUCUACUUGAUGAUGGGGUUCUUCCCUGCAUCAGUUGUGACAUCAAUGAGCAACACGGAGGGCCUCCAGGAGCUGGCGUACGGCGGCCUCAUCUACUGCCUCGGCGUGUUCUUCUUCAAGAGCGACGGCGUCAUCCCCUUCGCCCACGCCAUCUGGCACGUGUUCGUGGCGCUGGCCGCGGCCGUGCACUACUACGCCAUCUGGAAGUACCUCUACAAGGCCCCCGGCGCCGAGGCCCACCAGCAGACGUGACCCCCAGGAAAGGGGAUCCCUGCAUGGCGCUGAGCAGAGUCGACUCCCUUGAUGGCGCCGCAUGGUUCAGGGAGAUAAUGACGUAGAUUGUUUACUGUUUGGAGUCUUUUGUACGGACGGAGUCUCGUUCCACGUUGGGGUCGUUUGUCUUUGUUUUAAACCUGGAGGCUUCCAGUCGACGUGCUAAGAACCGGAUCUCUAGCAGCAGGGCCGGGGGGGGGUGGGGGGUGGUUGCGGGCUUUUAUUUGAAUCUUGUCUCUAACUUUGGAGACGAUUGGACUGGAAUCAGGAGUCAGAACCUCAGCGCCUCCUCGGUCACUACAUCCGUUUAGCUGUUUACCUUUUUUACAGGGAUUACAUUGUCCGUCUGAUCCUCGUGACCUUCUUGACCCCUGGUCUGUUAUUGCUGUCCUCUGGUCAUGCAGCCACAGCUGCUCCUCUCAGUAUUCAGCGCCCCCUGCUGGAGGGGGGGAGGGGGAGGAAGUGACCAAAUCCGCUGUGAUUUUGUUUUAAAUGAGCCAAACGAUGAAAGCGAACGAGCUUCAGGGGACACGUUGAUCCAGCUCUAGAUUUGCUCAAAGGCACUGGGGUGGGAGGUGGGGGGGGGGGGACCAUGGCACAUUCCCCAAGUUAAUAACCACUGUUUUGUUAACGUUUGUACUUCCUGUUGAUUACGUGAUCCCGGCCUUCGUAGGGGUGAGGAGAAAAAAAACAAACAGAACUGCUGCUUUUUCUGUGUCUUUUCCAUUGAUUGUUAAUGGUGCUGCUGCAUAUACACAUGAAUGCCCCCCCCCCCCACCCCCUACACUAUGUCGAGUACUACCUUUCUAUUGUGAUCAUAAUAAAUGAUGACGCCCCCUC